AAUUACUGACGGUUGAGUUGUUCAAGCUGUCAACGUCGUACGGUGUGCAAACUGAUACAAGUUGAUUCUUGUUUAGUACUUUUCGACUUUACGGCUACUUGUUUUGUAAUACAAUUUCUUCUCGAAAUGGGUGAUCAAGACGAUUUUGAAGAUAACCAAUUUCCAGACAACGAUGAGUUCGUUCCUUAUGUUACAGCCGGUAACCUAGCGCAAAAAAAUGGCGCGAAAGUUGCUCUUUGGGGCAAAGUUACCAAAGUUGUAGGCAGCGAAGGAUUCCAUGUCAAAACUGUAGACGAUCAAGAGGUCCUGAUUAAGCUGAAGAGGCCGAUAAAUGAGCCAUUAGAAGGUUGGUACGAGAUUCACGGCGUGUCGCAAGGGAAGAGUGUGUUAUGUGAUGAAUACGUUCCUUUUAACGAGGAGUUGUCGAAGAACCUUGACACUGAAGGUCACAAGGCUUUAGCGCGUCUGCUGGCGGCCCUGGACGACCCCUGGAACUUGGGAGAUGACUCUUCAAAUACUAUGAAUGGUGUUGUGCCAAUGGAUGAAAACUACUGAAGUAAUAAUGUUAAGUUAGGUGUAAGAUCUUAAGUUUGUAUUUAUCUUCAAUAAAAAAUGGCAUUCCACUGCAGUCAAAAGAAGGUGUCGAAUAAUAUCUAUAAUUAAGACCACCAUUUUAGUCAGCAGAAAGUUCAGUAUGUACUUUUUAACAUGUCCUGUAAAACAUAUUUUUUAAUGUUAAAGAUUGUAGUUGUUAAUAUAAAAACUGCUCUGUCAUCUUUCAAGUAUUGUGUCUUUACCUAUUUUUUAUGUAUCUGAUACAGAUAGCAAGUUAGAUAUGUUUUUGGAUCAUUUUUCUUUGAUGUUAGAUUAGGCCCUUGGUGGUUAUCAAUCUUAUCACAUUUCAAUAAUACACCGAUGAAUGCAAAAAAAUAUUAUUAAAGAAUAUUUCUAUUGACGCAUUUUAAAAGAAACUUUCAAAUUUAUCAGAAUGUUACCAUUUUUGAUAGGGUUGACUGGAAAAACAUCUUUUUUUAGUCGUACAUAUUUGGCUUUAUUGCGAACUAUUAAUAAUAUUUUGUAAAGCUGUAUUAGUGUAGAUAAGACAUUCAAAUUGUUAAAACUGGUGUCUGCUUUAUUGAAUAUUGAAUUCACUACAUACAACCUGGUAAUAUUUUAAACUGGCGUAUUAAAAAAGAUUUGUAAAUAUAAUUGGCAUUGUACAUUUUACCGCUAAGUAUUUAAAUUCAUGUUGAAAUAAAAUUUAGUUUUUAA